UUUACAGAUAAGAUAUAGUUUUUAUUAGUAUCAGCUAUAGAUGAACAUUGUCUUAAUCGAAUUUGAAAAGGUGAGUACUGAGAGUGAAGCCAAAAUGAGAUCAAUAGUAUUUGUUACUUUAUUGAUUGUUGUACAAAGUCUUGCUAAUGAAAGGCAAUGGCAGCAGUUUAAAGAAACAUAUAAUAAAAAUUAUGACAUUACAAAAGAAAAUUACCGAUUCAACAUAUUUAUUAAUAAUCUAAGAAGAAUUGAAGAACACAAUAUUCGAUAUCAUAAUGGUGAAGUAAAAUACUCCUUAGGGAUUAAUCAGUUCGCUGACCUUACUGCGGAAGAGUUUAUUUCCAGAAUAACAAACCCAAUUUCUAACACGUUACCUGCAAGUAACAGCGAUGUAGAGAUUACAGGUGACGUUCCAGAUGAAAUAGAUUGGCGCGAAAAAGGAGCAGUAAUAGGAGUGAAAAACCAACUAGAAGGUUGCAAAUCGAGCUGGGCUUUUACCGCGACUGGGGUUAUUGAAGGACAAAUAGCCAUUCACAACAAACAAAACAUCUCUCUAAGUGAGCAACAAUUAAUAGACUGUUCUACCGAAUACCAUUAUAACCGUGGAUGUAGAGACGGAAAUUCAGAUUAUGCUCUGUUGUUUAUUCAUGACCAUGGAAUAUGCUCUGAAAGUGACUAUCCAUACACAGCAACAGAAGGUUCGUGUCAAAACUGUUCUCUAGUACUGGAAACAGUAGCGUACCCAACAAGUGUGCUAGAAAACGAAAUUUCACUGAAGCAAAUUGUAGGAACCGUAGGCCCAGUUGCGGUUGCUCUUUCUGUCAACGAAAAUUGGCAGUUGUACAAAGGUGGUAUUUUCGAUGAUUCCACUUGCACCGGAUAUGCUAUCAACUACUGGUCUUUGGCUGUCGGUUACGGUACUGAUAAUGGAACAGAUUAUUGGAUAGUCAGAAACUCACUAGGCGAAUCUUGGGGAGAAGAUGGAUACAUCAGAAUGAUUCGUGGAAAAAAAGUUUGUAACAUUAACCAACAACCUUGGUAUGCAUUAUUGUAAAAUUUUAAAUGUUAAUAAUAAAUUUGUAUAAAUAGCAUCGAUAU